GUUUGAUGGUGAUUUGGUGAUUACAGAUUUUGCAAAAAGAAAAAGUUAUUAAAAGAAGAAGAUUAAUUAAUUGAAACGGGAAAGAUUGCCAGUACCUUUAUAAUAUGGAUUUCCCAGCUACUCCAUCUAAUGCCUCAGAUAGCAAUGAGUAUCCCGGAACUACAGUUUCUCCUACUGAUACGCCUCAAGAUAAUAACAAACGACGCAGUUCAAACAGAUCGAUAAAACGUCGUCGCUUUGACGAUGAACUGGUGGAGUACAGUUUGGGUUUGCCUGGUGCGUCGUUGGGUAAAGGAGAUAAGAGAGUGCGUACGCAAUCCUACACAAGCCAGUUGCCAGAAUUUCCCAUUAGCACUCCUACUCCAGUGGCAGCUGCGGGUCCCGCUCAGGAAAGAAGGCGAACGUCAAGUAAAAUAUCGUAUGGAAGUGUUGCACGGAAGUCGCGUCGUAAAGGACAGCUUACCCAACUUUCGACAAAAGAUCUUGGACGAUGGAAACCUACUGAUGAUUUGGCUUUAAUUUUAGGAGUACAACAGACGAAUGAUCUGCGCAUUGUUCACCGCGGUGUAAAGUUCUCGUGCCGCUUCACUGUGGGUGAGCUACAGUCACGUUGGUAUGCACUGCUGUACAACACUGAGAUAUCCAGGGUGGCUGUGGCUGCAAUGCGCAACUUGCACCCCGACCUGAUUGCCGCUGUCCAACAACAGGCAUUGUACUCUACAGCAGAAGAAGAGCUGCUAGGAACGUUAAGUAGUACAUCACACCCGACGAUUGAGAAGUUCCAAGAGUUGCUUGACCAGAAUCCGCAUGUAUUCUACCCUUUACGUACAGCUAAGACCCUAAUGACACAUUGGCAGCUAUUGAAGCAGUAUCAACUAUUACCAGACCAAACAGUACAGCCUCUGCCGAAAGUUCUAGGCGAUAAAAUAACAUCAUUUUCUGAUGCUGAGGAAACUAUCAAUGAUGCAGACAUACCAGAUUUGAAAGAAGAUGGUAUUGAUGCUGAAAUGCAAUUUGCUGACAGGGUGGAGAAGAAAAACAUUAGGUUGUUGGAGACCUCCUUGUCGCGAUGGCAGGUGCUGGUGCAGUCGGUGGCGGGCGGCGGCACCGAGCUGGACAAGAACACGCUGGCGGUGCUGCGCGGCCGCCUCGUGCGCUACCUCAUGCGCUCGCGGGAGAUCGCUGUUGGGCGCAGCACGCGCGACCACACAAUUGACGUGGAUCUGAGUCUAGAAGGGCCGGCAGCGAAGGUGUCCAGGAAACAGGCGACGAUCCGUCUCCGGAACAGCGGAGACUUCUUCAUGUCCUCAGAGGGCAAGAGGCCGAUUUUUGUCGACGGUCGCCCGAUACUUCAAGGCAACAAAGUGAAACUCAACCACAACAGCGUUAUAGAGAUUGCCGGUCUGCGCUUCGUUUUCCUGAUUAAUCAAGAUCUCAUCAGCGCUAUUCGUCAAGAAGCCGUGAAAGUUACUAUCCCUGUUUAAUUGUAGUUGAACAUAAUGAAUAAAAUAUUGUGAAAUAAA